AUGUCGACAACCACAUUCGCACUUGAUCUUCUCCUCUUCGACAUAGUUGGAGGCCACGUCUCCCAGGAGACAUGCCACUCCAGUCUCAGACACGAAUUCUCCCUCGAUCCAGUUGACAUUCGCAAAGCAGCCGAAGACUCCUGUGCCUCCCUGAAAUGGGACACGAAUCUGGAGAUCUUUUUCCACGAACUCAAAGAUGAAAAUCGCGAAACGAUGUGCAUCUUUGCCAUGUUCAAUGUAUCACAUCCAGGCUAUGAAGCGCUCCAGAGUGUUUCAGCGGAUAUGAAUUGGUCAAUCUUUGAUGGCAUUUUUACAUUCUUUGUAGCCGGUAGACGUAAACCCGAUUUUGGUUUCUACCGUUGUACGCUGUCUCAAGCAAACCUCGAUCCCUCUCGAACCAUUUUCAUAGACGACGAGCGAGAACAUACUCUCGGCGCGUUACCAGGGACUGCAUGGAAUUGCGUAUCAUGACUUCACAGAGCUGAGGCAGUCGUUGCUCAAUUAGUUGGGAAAUCCGGUACUCAGAGGUCAAAAACACUGAAAAAGAAUGCAGGGCAUCUUACCUCCGAAUGCGCUGGACUAGCCAUUCAAGAGAACUUCUCUCAGCUGCUCAUCCUGGAUAUAACCAGUCUAUGAGUUCAUAUCAUGGCCACCGUUAUAGAUUUCAGGUGCUGACAGAUUUAUAGAUCUUUCGUGAG